UAGAUUCGGAAGAAGGCAAAUUAACACAUUGGUGCCCACUCGCUAUAAAGGUCUGUCCUCCAUUCCUCUCCAAUCUAUCUCUGUUCCGGUAUUAGCAGCCCAGUUCCCACACUCGUUCUUUGCGCUUGCUUCGUCUAGCAGCGAAGCGAUCGACGGAGUAAAGAUGCAGAUAUUCGUCAAGACUCUUACGGGGAAAACCAUAACCCUGGAGGUCGAGAGCAGCGAUACCAUCGACAACGUCAAAGCCAAGAUACAGGACAAGGAAGGCAUUCCACCUGAUCAACAACGUUUGAUUUUUGCUGGGAAACAGUUAGAAGAUGGUCGGACCUUAGCAGAUUACAACAUUCAGAAGGAGUCAACUCUCCAUUUAGUUUUGAGGCUUAGAGGUGGAACAAUGAUCAAGGUGAAGACUCUUACUGGAAAGGAAAUUGAAAUUGACAUUGAGCCCACUGAUACCAUCGAUAGGAUCAAGGAAAGAGUCGAGGAGAAAGAAGGGAUUCCACCUGUCCAACAAAGGCUAAUCUAUGCAGGAAAGCAGCUGGCUGAUGACAAGACUGCCAAGGAAUACAACAUUGAAGGAGGUUCUGUGCUUCAUCUCGUUCUAGCUUUGAGGGGUGGCAACUAGCCGAACAACUAUUGUGUCUAUUCAAGGGACUACUUUCUUACAACACCUGCAUGAGGUGUGAAAUGUAAUGCCGAACAUUCCCUAUUUUGAGUAAUAAUUUGUUUCAAUAGUCGACUUCGUAACUAGUUUUAAACUUAAACUUUGGCUGAUCUACUCCUAUGCUUGACAAUGUAUCAUGCGCCUUUCUUCGUUUCUUUCUGCUUGUUCUCUUGUAGAUAUGAUAUUUUUUUGCUUAAUAACUUCAGAUUGAGAAUC